CUCGACCGCAGAUAUUCAACCUUAGUUGACUAUUGCAACCAUGCCUGAACCAGCGAAGACUGCUCCCAAGAAGGGCUCCAAGAAAGCCGUCGCCAAGAGCGUCAGUAAGACCGGAAAGAAGAAGAGAAGGACCAGGAAGGAGAGUUAUGCCAUUUACGUGUACAAGGUAUUGAAACAAGUCCACCCCGAUACCGGUAUCUCCUCCAAAGCCAUGAGCAUCAUGAACUCCUUCGUCAACGACAUCUUCGAGCGCAUCGCUUCCGAGGCCUCCCGUCUGGCACACUACAACAAGCGCUCUACCAUCUCCUCCCGGGAGAUCCAGACCGCCGUGCGUCUCCUGCUGCCCGGUGAGCUUGCCAAGCACGCUGUGUCUGAGGGUACCAAGGCCGUCACUAAGUACACCAGCUCCAAGUAAACUGCGUAGGCAGCAACUCAACCCAACGGCUCUUUUAAGAGCCACAUACUUGUUCAAG